ACCAAACCUUGUUCCCUCAUAUGCAACAAAAGUGUUGUUGUUUACCCACUCAAAAAGCAUUUCUAAUGAUUGUCUAUCUAGACAUUAGCAGAAUCAUUUGGGGUUUCGCUUACAACCAUUAUUUUUCUAGGAACUGUGGCAUGUGCCUUCAUGUUUUAAAAAGACUCAUCCCUUUCUCUUAUCAUAUCCAUCAUGGACAUUAUCAUUAUUGUAUUCCAGUCCUCCGUUGCUUUAUACAUUAAUAUGAGAGCAUUAAAACAGCAAAACAAAAAACCUAUUUUCAUCUAUAGAAAGUUGAAAGUCUUAAGUAUAUGCUUCAAUAUACUUGAUCGAUUGAUCGUUCCCAUCAUCAACUGCACCCUCAUCUUUAAAGAUGUAAUAACCCUAAUAUUUAGGAUUAAAAAGAAGCAAGAUCACAGUACUGUGUACUUGACAUAUUUGUUGCUCUCAUUAUAACUGCAAUCAUAUGGAAUCUUAUUGAAUAUUAUUUCUACACCAUAGUUAGAGAUUUUGUCCUCAUUCUUCAAUCCACAUGUAUUUAUAUUUUCCUAAAUUAGAAAAUCGAUCAUUGCGUUAUAUUAAUGAUAGCAAGCUAAAACUUUUAGAAUAAUAGAACCUAGCCAUUGUCUUCGAAGUAGUUGGAUUGAGACCAGCUCUACGUCGAGGAGGAUAGCCUGUUAUUAAUUCGGAUAGAGUAGAAUAAGGACAUCUUAAAAAUACUAGUGAAGUUCAAAAGAUUUAUCAGCAACCAUUACAACAUAAUUAAAGUAUCAUAUUUAGUUAUUCAGGUUUUCAAGUUUAUGGUUCUCAAAAGGAAUUAAUAGAAAUCAAUUUAAUUGAAUGA